CAUUUGAAGACAAUGCAGAAAAGGGGUGACCGAUAGUAUCCCAGUACUGGACUGCGCUGUGCUUAGUCAUGCCCAGAAACUAUCAAGUAAUGAUACUGUUUAUGUGUGAAUGUGUUAGAAAUUGUGAUGUAGUGAAAAGGAAGACCAUGAAAUGGAAAAGGACUAAGGGAAGGAAGCUACAGAUAGUUCACUAAGGGGUGAACUAUCUUACAGAUUGAGGGACCAUUGUAUGCCUGUGACUUGGGAUAAAAAGAUAAAAGUUAUUUUUGGGUGACAAAACUGGAAAUGAUUAUAUUACUGUUGAAGUGUCCAAGGUGUCCUUAGAUAACAGGAGGAGCACAAAGAUGGUGUUAUGGAUUAAAUUGUAUCCCUCAAAAGCUCUUGUGGCAUUAUCCUUCAGUGGGGCUAUUGGGCUGACUUUUCUUAUGCUGGGAUGUGCCUUAGAAGAUUAUGGCGUUUACUGGCCCUUGUUUGUCCUGAUAUUUCACGCCAUCUCUCCCAUCCCCCAUUUCAUUGCCAAAAGAGCAACGUAUGACUCUGAUGCCACAAGUAGUGCCUGUCGGGAGCUGGCAUAUUUUUUCACUACUGGAAUUGUUGUUUCUGCCUUUGGAUUUCCUGUUAUUCUUGCCCGUGUGUCUGUGAUCAAAUGGGGAGCCUGUGGCCUUGUGCUGGCAGGCAAUGCAGUCAUUUUCCUGACAAUUCAAGGUUUUUUCCUUGUGUUUGGAAGAGGAGAUGAUUUUAGCUGGGAGCAGUGGUAGCACUUUAUUCUGAUAAAUUGCAUUUUAUUUCUUAGAAGUCAUGCUAUGUGUAUUUGUGUGCACAUGUGGCCUUUUACUAUGAAAUUUCCUAUGCUAUUUUUUUAUACCUUUAUAUCAUGUUCACUGUAAGAAGGACUACAGGAGAGAAAGCUCAGUUUUGUUUCCAGCUAAUAGACCUCUCCAUGUACUCAAGUUGAAUUCUUUUAUUUGUUUGGCUCUUCAUAUAGUCAUGGUGCUCUCAGAAGAUAUAUUAACACAGUCUUGUACACAGCCAUUCACUUGUGUGAUGCAUUUACAUAUUUUGCCUGGGGAUGAGUGUGGGUAAGCAGACAGCACUGGAGCAAGUCUGUUCUACUCAGGACUUCCAAGAUAUACUUGUGGCGCAGAGAGACAGAGCGGCUCCCUCUUUGUGUUGUAGACCCUUGCCUCUCGAAGUGUGGUCCAUAGAGCACCUGGCAUCUCUUAGGAGCCAGUUCAUACAGAAUCAGAGGUUCCUCCCCCCCCACCCCCCACCACAGAUCCAGUGCAUUUUAGAUGAGCUCCCAGGUGAAUUACAUGCACAUUAAAGUUUGACAAGUGCUGUCAUAGGGGAAUAAGUAUCACCUCUAGUGUCCUUGUCUUCCCUUUGGCCGAACAUCUUAACCUCUCUGGGUAUUAGCUGCUCGUUUGUAAAAAUUGUUUCACCUGCCUUCAUGUUGAGGCCUACUUCAGAGUCUCUCUGGUAUUUGUGAAAUGUCCAAACCUGUAUUGUUCCUCACAUUUGUGGAAUUGUUCUCAGUAGGGAACAGUUAUGUCUUCACUGUCUGAAAGGCAAUAGCUCUUUUCACAGAGCUGGGGAAACAGAAUAACUGCAAAGUAACAGAGUAACUGGGCUGUACCGAAGGAGGCCAGGCUGUAGCCAGUCCCUGCUUUAGCAGGGGGGCAAGAGCAGAUAGGUAAUACUUUCUAACUUCCCUUUAUAAUCACACACUUCUCCCCAGCUCCUUCUCUGUACUGCGUUCCACCUCCACCCCCCCUCCAAACCAACACACUCCCAGCAGUUCUGAUUUGCCUUUACUUCCUCACGGCUCUGACUUUUCCUUCCUACAGGAACAGGAGCCAAGUAAGCAAACAGAGGGUGCCCAAAGACGCUACUAACUGUCUUUCAUGCCUUGUAGAUCUUUUUAUAUAUAUGUAUAAAACCCCUCUGCCACUUUUAAGUGAAUCAUUGUGAGUACAUGCCACGCUAGAUCCUGUAGUCAGUUUUUGUAGCUCAACUUUUCGUCCAAGAUCUAUAAAGAAAAAUAUGGGAACUAGAACCACUUGAUGAGAAUACAAUGAUUUUAAAGGAUUAUUAAUGUGUGAUAACUGACACGCAUUGAAAACACUAAAAUUUUGAAGUUUGGAAUCUGAGGAAUUAGCAUAUCUUUUCGUAUUCUGGAAUGAUCUGGGACUAGGAGAAGACAAAAUUGAAACCUAAAAGGAUAAUGUGCAGUUAUAUUGUGGCCUUGUGCAUAAUUUUAUGUUUUCUUUUUUUUUUAACAUAUGAAAUUUAUUGUCAAAUUGGUUUCCAUACAAAACCCAGUCCUCAUCCCAAAAGAUGCCCUCUUCAAUACCCAUCACCUGAUUUUGUUUUCAAAGUUCUUUGUACAUGUAGAAUUGUUGACGUUAUUUCCAAUAUUUAUAAUUAGAAAAAUUAUAUAAACACUUUAUAAUUUUAGCCAGCGUUUUUAAUAACACUUGCACUUACUUUAUUGUAAUAAAUUUCUCUUUAACACAAAAGAAAGUUUAAUUUCAAAAGUCUUUCUUCUGAUGUAGCCUUGCUUAAAAGAUAAAAAAAAAAAUAAAGUAAGAAUCUCUUGGUGUUCUGAAAUGGGUAGUUUGAGCAAUACAGGAAUAGCAAUACAUUUUAAGAUAUCAUUUUGAAUGUCUAGUUGGCUUGUAAUAGCAUUUCUUUUCCUAAAACGGAAUCAGUGUUUAAUUUAUACUCCCUUUGACAAAAGUAUCUUUGUUGCUUAUACAUAUUUCAUAUUUCAGAUAACCAAGGUAGCCUUAAUAUGUAGCCUUAAAUAAAGCAUUGCCUCUUGAUUGUACUUCCAGAAUGAUAUAAAGUACACAUAGAGAAUAUUGGUAGCCAUUCCCUAAUAAUGGAAUGGUUUAUUGAAGUGAUAGAUUGUUGAAUUUGCUCUGUGUCAGAAAACAAACAUUUAUUUUUAGUGCUUAAGUGUCAUUAUAGAUGCCAGUGGGAAGUAUUGCUAUGAAUGUACAAUACAGAAGUUUCCUUUUGAUGACACACAUGUUGGGCAUUUCUUUUUCCUUAUAAAAAGUUCAUUUUUUUUUUUUCCUGUAUGCCAUAGAAAAUAUUUUGGAGAUUCAAAGCACAUUGCUUACAUUCUAAAACUAAGAAUACACAUAAAGAAUUGCUGACAAGUAAGUAAUCUUAUGAGGAAGUUCUUUAUCAUGUUCCAAACAACUGGUUUACAGGCAGACUUUGAAACACUUUCGCACAGCAAGUGGGAGGCUGGUGAUUGAGUGCCCAGGCCAAGCCUUCUGAGGGAGGCUAAACCCUGAUGUAGUUGACUUACAAUGCUCAAGGUGCCUGCCUGAGUUUUGGGUCUUGGAAACAGGGUAGUGUGGACAGGGUGGAGAAAGGAAAGCGGAAGUUUCCACCUCUUUUCCUAAGAACAAAGGUCUUCAAGUUUUGCAGCACUUUCCAUCCCCUAAUGCCCUUGGGGUCCAAGUACAUUCCCCUGAGUUUUGUUGGCCUCCUCUCCUGACAAGGGGCCUUCCUCCCAGCCUGCCCCACCUCCUGGGGCUCCUCAUUUUCCCAGAUCACCCAUCUCUCUACUUCUACCCAGUCCAUUUUCUUAUUAUAGCUGAUACAGUGCAGUGUGAAGAAGAAAGCAGUCUGGUCUACCUCUUUCCCAGAAAGAAAGGAGGACUUGUGCUCAUCUCCCCCUCAUCUGGAGCCCUUACCAGUGCCCCCAAUGUGUAGUGACCACGCCUGUGGCGGCUGCAGUUCUGCAGGGGAAUGCCUUGGAACCCAACGGCUCAUUCACAGAAAAUGGUAGUGUUUCCAAGUACAGUGAAAAAGCAUCCCAGCAGUUUAUAGAAGGGUAAUAUAUGGGUUAGGGGCAAACCUCUCAUUCCUCAUCCCUUCCUCUGGGUGGGUUCUCAGCUGGUCGUACUUUUCAUGGUUGUUCCUGUUCCUCCACUUGUGGACUCACAGAUUUUUCUUACAGUCCUCAAGAAAUCUAUACCUCUGAGGUAUUCCCUUCAUGAAGACUCUUCUAGAGGCCACAAUGUUUCAUUAAGUUAAUACCAUUCCUUAUACUCUCAGGGAAGUGCUUAGGAGAUGUCACAAAAAUAUGACAAGUUUGCAAAAAAUCCAGAUUUUGCACCAUAAUUUGACCAAAUUUUAUAUGGAUGCUAGCAUUUUCCAAGCAUAGUAGUUAGUUCACAACUAGAAAUUGUUAUUUCUGUAAAUGGAUGUAACUUGUGUGUUUUAAUUUUUUUCCCCCAUUCUGCCUCAUGAAAUACCUUAUUUGCAAAAAUCCCAGUGCAUAAUAGCUCAUUAUGCUAUUACAAUCACAAGGUGCUUUGUAGUGGCCAUGCUACCAGAAUAGAGCAGUGAUACGUGUAACCCCAAACAUGAUGUGAACAAUCUCCAGGACUGCUUUAGGUUGCAUUAUAUAUGUAUGAUGAGGACGAUUAUUUUUUAAAUAAAACUUGUUAUUUAUAAUUUCACAAAGACUUAUGUACGUUAUUAAAUUAAAAUGUUUAAUUUUUAGCA